AUGCUCCAACCAAGGGAAGCUGAUGUGCCUGCACUCUUUGUUGUAUUUAUCGUACUUCCGGUGAUAGCAUAUUUUCUUCUUGGGAGAUGGCAUGAUUCUGUAAGUAAGAAAACAAGAGUAGGUGUGCUUGGCCAGAAAGCUGCAGAAGAAGCCUUCAAAGUUGAAACAAUGGCAUGCCCAGAUGUUAUAUUGCCAGGACCGUCUCUGAGACCCAUGCCUUAUUUGAGAUCUGUUCCUUCUUUAAGGUCAGAAUACCACGAGUGUGCUACUUGUCGUGGCCCUGCAAAGACUAGGUGCUCCAGGUGCAAAUCUGUUAGAUACUGCUCUGGAAAGUGUCAAAUUAUACACUGGAGGCAAGGGCAUAAACAAACAUGCCAGCAGUGGCAUGUUAAUGGUGGUAGCAACUCUGGUGGACUAUCUCCGACGGAGAGUUCUGAACAAAUGCCGUUCUUGACUAACCUGAAUUCACCUCUUCCAGGGGGUGACAGUCACCUGCAUGACAUGAAUUUUGACACAGUAUCAGAGCCAUCAUUUGCGACAACUGAUAGCUAUAUUCUUGAUACUGAUCUAUUCCUGACAGACAGAAGCAACAUGAAUGAAUCAAAUCAAAGUCUUCUUUCAAUAGUAAAUAGCGCUUCUGUUGCAUCUUGUGAAAAGAGCAAUUACAGUGUUGAUGAAGAAACCAACUCAUCUGAGAUUUUAUCAGCAAAUAAGUUCUUUACCUUGCGCUUUCAGGUUUCAAACAACAGUUAUGGUUGUUUAGAUGAAAAGAAUGGCAACCAUGAUUUUACUUAUCCUCUCAAUAAUACGGUACAACAACCCAAUAAUUGUGCUCCUGAAACAACAAAAUGUCCAAAAGCAAGCAUCACAGUUUAUGAACCCGACAUGGGUGUCUAUUUUACUUCUGAUAUGACGAGUUCUUGCGAGGGGCCAUAUUCUUCCGCAACAGAGUCACUACAGAGGAGCAAAUCAUCUUGCAAAUAUAGUGGGCGAGGAAAUGCGAUUUAUAUGAAGCCUCCUUAUCCACCAGGUAAGGUGGUUUCAUCACAAAAAACACAGGAGGUGUUGGCAUCAUAUCAAUACAAUGUCCAUCAAAAGAACACUUCCUGCAAAAAUGAGCAAAGAUCUGCAAAAUCAAGUGUUUCAACGAACAACAAUUUACAAGGAUGCACUGGAAUCUCAAAAUUAGGAGCAUCCAAGGUUGAAGUCUUGAAGAAGCCCUCAAAAUUUCUCAAAACCAGCCUGGUGGGUUUAAUCAAUGAUAACAAGAGGAGUAAGGUAUUGUUUUGCUAUGAAGAUCUUGUUAAGUUCUUCCAGUAUGAAGUACGGGGUAUUUCUCCCAGAGGUCUUUUCAACUGUGGGAACAGCUGCUAUGCUAAUGCUGUUCUACAAUGCCUCAUGUGCACAAAACCCCUGAUGAUCCACCUGCUUCUGAGAUUGCAUUCUAAAGACUGUUGCUCAAAGAACUGGUGUCUUAUGUGCGAACUUGAGCAAUAUGCUUCAACUUUACGUGAAAGUGGUGGACCUGUGUCUCCAAGCAGAAUCCUUUCGAAUCUAAGGAACAUUGGAUGUCGCUUGGGUGGUGGAAGUCAGGAAGAUGCUCAUGAAUUUUUAAGGCAUCUUGUGAUGUCUAUGCAAGCAGCGUGCCUGGAUGGACUGGGUGGUGAGAAGCAAGUAGAACAAAGCUUGCAGGAAACUACACUGAUACAACAGAUGUUUGGUGGACGCCUUAAAUCGAAGGUUAAGUGCCUCAGAUGCCAUCAUGAAUCUGAAAGAUACGAGAAUAUAAUGGAUCUUACUUUGGAGAUUCAUGGUUGGGUGGAGUCCUUGCAAGAUGCUUUGACACAGUUCACUGCUCCUGAAGAUUUAGAUGGGGAUAAUAUGUAUAAAUGUGGAAGGUGUUGUGCUUAUGUUAAAGCUAGAAAACAGCUAAGCGUGCAUGAAGUGCCGAACAUAUUAACAGUAGUUUUAAAAAGAUUCCAGACAGGAAAGUAUGGCAAGAUUAACAAAUGUGUCACUUUUCCUGAUAUGUUGGACAUGGUUCCUUUUGUGACUGGGGCUGGUGAUCACCCGCCUCUUUACUUCUUGUAUGCUGUGGUUGUACAUGUGGAUACAGAAAAUGCAUCAUUCUCUGGUCACUACAUAUCGUAUGUCAAAGAUAUGCAGGGAACAUGGUUAAGAAUUGAUGACUCAGAGGUCAAGGCUGUAUCAUUGAAUCAAGUUAUGUCAGAAGGUGCAUAUAUGCUAUUCUACUUGAGAUCUUUUCCUCGCCCUCCGAGGAUAUACAUUGAGAAAGGCCUAUUGCCUGAUCCAUCAUCUUCAUAUCGUCACUCAUCAAAAUCCUCCAAGGGCUCUUCUAAACAAGAGCAGAAGCAGACAGAAUCACUCUUUACUUCUGAUGAUCAAAGCCGUGGUAUUUAUGAUUUUAGACCAGAGGAGGAAGGUUACAGGCAAGAUCAGCAUGCCAAGUUGAGGUCCCAAAAUUUAUAUCACACCGAUGAUGCUUUUGCCGAUUCGGUUAGCACGGACUUCUCGGACGCUACAUCAAGUGAAUGGUCCCUGUUUACCAGCUCUGAUGAAUCUUCGUUUACCACGGAAAGCACUAGAGAUUCAUUCAGUGUUGUGGAUUAUGGUGACAAUGCUGGCCUUGAUCCAAUCACCUCAAUUUUUGGGCCAUAUUAUGCUCCUGAUCAUCCUCUUGGCAACUUUGUCUCAUGUACAAGGCUCUCGCAUUCCAAUCCGCAAACAAGGUACUUCCCGGAAAGCAUGGGUUUUGUCUCAGAUUCUUCCUUGCCAACUCACCCCUACGGCAAUGUACAUAGAGGAAGAUAUCCAGACAGGGCUUGCGCGUCUUCAGCCGAACCUCUUGCUUCAGCAAACCAGCGAAGCUUGUAUGGUAGGUAUAACCAUAGUAGAGAUGGUUUUGUUCAAACAUCUGGGUUUUGUCAUAUGUAA